GUCCGGAGGGGGUUAAACGGGGGCCGUCUGCACGUCGACAUCCAAUAAGGAGCCAGAGGCGGGGAACGUCCGCUUGCUCAAUCCGGGUACUGUGGAGAGUGGCAAGCUUUACCCUUGGGGUGUAGCCAGAAGGUUUGCGCGUGCUCAUCACUCUGUACUGUAGAAGGAAAGAAGCUCAGGGGAGAAGCAGCUGUGGAAGCCGGAGCCUGGGGAGGGAGCGUCUGGCUGGCUCCUCAGCAUCAUUAGCCCUCAUUUACCACAGCGCCUCCCCCCGAGACCGCGCGCACAUUCCGCCUCCAUAGAGCCGUGUCGCCUGCUGGCCUCCGCCCACCCCGAGCCCCCUGAUCCUCGGUGAGCGCCGCCGCUCCCGGCUUUGUGUGUGCGCAGAGUGUCCCGCAGCGCUGUCGCCAUGGAUGUACGCUGAGCGCGGAGGACAAGGCGGCGGUGGAGAGGAGUAAGAUGAUCGACAGGAACCUGCGGGAGGACGGGGAGAAAGCCGCCCGGGAGGUCAGCUGCUGCUUCUGGGUGCUGGAGAAUCAGGGAAAAGUACAAUCGUCAAACAGAUGAAGAUUAUCCAUGAGGCGGGUUAUUCAGAAGAGGAAUGCAAACAGUACAAAGCAGUAGUAUACAGUAACACUAUACAGUCCAUCAUCGCCAUUAUUAGAGCCAUGGGCAGAUUGAAGAUAGAUUUUGGAGACCCAACAAGAGCGGAUGAUGCUCGUCAGCUUUUUGUCUUAGCUGGAGCUGCAGAGGAAGGUUUUAUGACGGCUGAGCUGGCCGGAGUCAUCAAGCGUUUAUGGAAAGAUGGUGGAGUACAGGCCUGCUUUAACAGAUCGAGAGAAUACCAGCUCAAUGACUCUGCAGCCUAUUACCUCAACGACUUGGACAGGAUAGCUCAGAACAGUUACAUUCCUACGCAGCAGGACGUUCUCAGGACCAGAGUGAAGACCACUGGCAUAGUGGAAACACAUUUUACUUUUAAAGAUCUUCAUUUUAAGAUGUUUGAUGUCGGCGGUCAAAGAUCUGAAAGAAAAAAGUGGAUUCAUUGCUUUGAGGGAGUUACUGCCAUCAUUUUCUGUGUGGCACUGAGCGAUUACGAUUUGGUUCUAGCUGAAGAUGAAGAGAUGAACCGAAUGCACGAGAGCAUGAAAUUAUUUGACAGCAUCUGCAAUAACAAGUGGUUUACAGACACCUCCAUUAUCCUUUUCCUAAACAAAAAAGAUCUCUUUGAAGAAAAAAUCAAGAGAAGUCCUCUAACAAUUUGUUACCCAGAAUAUGCAGGUUCAAAUACGUACGAAGAAGCCGCAGCAUAUAUUCAGUGUCAAUUUGAAGAUCUGAACAAAAGAAAGGAUACAAAGGAAAUCUACACCCACUUCACAUGUGCGACAGAUACCAAGAACGUGCAGUUUGUAUUUGAUGCAGUGACUGAUGUCAUCAUAAAAAACAAUCUCAAAGACUGUGGCCUUUUCUAAAAAUGUCAUUAUAUGAUUGCAUUUGACUUCACCCUGUUAUAGCUUGAUGGCUUUUGGAGUGAUUUAAGACCCUCAAUGAACGGCGGACCAGUACUGUACUUUGCCAGUUUUAUUAGCUUUAUUUAUGUUCAUGUCUUGUAAAUUUUUCAAAAGUCACUGCUAUUUGCUAGGCCACACAAUGGAGAAGGUAUUUUGAUUGUAUGUAUACUGUAAUUGUAGGGAUGUUAUUUGUACAGACAUUGGACAGACUAUUUUAAUAAUUUGAAUAGUUUAAAAAAAAACGCAAAAAAAAUCCUCUUAUGAAAUGCAGUUAGAGGACAUUUUUUUUUUCUCGCCUGUUUAGGUUAUUUAAGGAAAUUAAUGUAUAUUUUCUUUUUUUUUUUCCCUUUUAAGCAUGCAUGCUGCCUUAUUCUGUGUUCUGCAAUGUUUCCUUGCAAGCCUGUAAGAUAUAAAUCUAUAUAUAAAGAAGCAGAAUGAAAUCUGGACUCCUUAAAGUUGCACAAUCCUGGGGCAUGUAACACAGAAUCAUCCUGUCGGCCUGAGCCUUCACUGUGCAUUUUUCUUAUAUAAUACUUCUCUUGCGCAUUGCCUUACAGGUGGUGCCAAAACUGCAUUUUUUUAUACAUUUUAAGAAUCCAGUAAUCUUUUAGUUGUAAAUAGAUUUUUUCCAGGUGUUUUUGUCCAGAACAUUUUGUGGGCUGCUGAAAUGGGACCGAUCACCUUAUUGUUGUUGGAGGAAUCAUGUCCUUGGCAUGCUGACCAUGGCAGUACUUUGUAUAGAUGAGUCAGUCUGGCGUUCUUGCAAUUCCGCAUACGUGCUACAUUUUAGUACACCUCAGCUUUUCCAUCGAAACGUUGCCGCUGGAUGACUCUCCAUUAUAUUCCGUUUUGGCUUUGUGAUGCAGUCUUUGUAAUUGCCUUACUGUCACUUUUCGUCUUACAAAUCCUAUCAUUCCUUCAUCUUUGCAAAUAUCUUGAGUGGUUAUGUUGUAAGCCCUCCACUGGAAAUCAAGAUAUCCCUAAAAAGUGUGAGAUUAUUAUUAUUUUUUUUUCAAGCGGUGAAAUAUUUUUGCACCUUUUUAGCCA